CUUGGCGAAAAGACACCUGUGGAUUUCAUUGUACUCUGAAUAAUAAAACGUUAGCAAAACCCCUGCACUGACUGUUGCAUGGAAUUCAAUGAUUGCUUUCCUUUGUGUUGGGAGAUUGAAAUACAUGUACACUGUACAAUAUACGACACAUAGGUUGCAAGGCGAGAUGUUUAUACGUCAUUCAUUUGUGUGCAUGUUUAGCUGUUAAGGAAAAUAAAUAGUGAGGGUGACUUAUUUUAUAGUGCAGCAAUGGAUCUCGAAAACCCAACAUGUAAUGGCGAACUUACUGAUUCCUCCCCUUACGAUGAGGAAAUGCAGAGACGAGCAAACAAACUUAACGUCCGUCCCCUAGGACAAGUAGCCAGGGAGAGUCGACUGGAGCGACAAAUGGAGAAAGCCCUGUUCAGGAAUCAAGUGAAAUUUCUCAGUGAUCUAAUUCAAGCCAGGAAAACGCUGGGGAUCCCAUAUCACGAAUCAUACCCAAGGAUUUCAAGUAGACUUUCAAAUCAUUCAAUCACAAUAGAGGAGAAAUAUAAAUACGUUAACAAUGCCUUUCAUGCCCGCUAUUUCAAUACCGUGUCUCAAAGUGUGUUAAAUGCUUCGGACAGACGAUUGGAGAACUACCCGCAUAGAGUUGUCCCUCCUUCCUGUCACCGACAGAUGGAAACCGGAAAUAGAAUGAAGUCGGCCUACUGUGACGUAUUUGGUCCGAAAUUAUGUUCAGAUUGCACUCGCUCGAGGAAACGAGUCAAGAGUGCGCAAGACCAGAGGUAUUAUUUUCCAAAUAUCGCCGUCCAUUCAAAAGCUCUCGUUGCCCCUGAAAGACUAGAGAAAAUUCUGUUGUAUCACGAAAGGGACUAUUUUUCGAGCCCAUCAGGUGAUACAACCAUAUACGAUCUGAGUAGUAUAUGCAAAGGCCCGGAUGGAGGAGGGCCGCAUGUGUUUCCGGAAAAUGAAAUUUUAGAAAGAGUUAGGAGUGGCAAAAAACUUGAAGCUCAGAAAAUGAUUGAAAUGGGAGAAAAGGAAAUUGCCCCUAUAGCUCCGCCUAGCAGUAGACGGAAUUCCUUAACACAAAUGCCACAAUUUUUGCAAAACAAUGAAAUGCGUGUAACGGUUUCUUUUGCUGUGUGAGGCAUAGUAUAAAACUACUCUCGUCAAAUUCAGUCCAAAUUGCACGUAAAAUGAUCAUGUAAACAUUGAAUUUUUUGUCAUUCUUAAAUGUAUUUGGUGACGAAUACUGAACAAAAUGGAUCAACAAACAUUAUUGU